UUUCCCCAAACGGAAGGGGAAGCUCAGCGGGCGACGGGAGCGCGGCCACCUGCUGGAGCCCAGCCUUGUGCACCUGCGGCGCUCGCUCCCGCCGGCCUCGGGCCGCGGACGGGUGUGGAGCCGGGCGGGAGGGCGGGAGCCUCCGGGGACAGAGACCAGCGUGUGCCCUGACGGCCCGCCUGUGCCACUGGAGAGACCCAUCCAUGGAAGGCAAACCCUUGCUGGUCUCCAAGCAGAAGACGGAAGUGGUGUGUGGGGUCCCCACGCAGGUGGUCUGCACAGCCUUCAGCAGUCACAUCCUGGUGGUGGUGACCCAGUUCGGGAAGAUGGGUACCCUGGUCUCCCUGGAGCCCAGCCCCGUGGCCAGUGACAUCAGCAAGCCUGUGCUCACCACGAAAGUCCUUCUUGGGCAGGACGAGCCUCUCAUCCAUGUCUUAGCAAAGAACCUGGUGACGUUUGUGUCUCAGGAAGCUGGAAACAGAGCGGUCCUCCUGGCCAUGGCCGUGAAGGACAGGAGUGUGGAGGGGCUGAAGGCCUUGAAGGAGGUGAUCCAGUCCUGCCAGGUGUGGUGACCCUGGAGCAGCAGACGCGCCUGCUACUCAGCGGGCUGAGGGGACACGCGACACCCGGGGUCAGGCAGGAGGAGGAGCUCUGCCUUUAGCUCUAGAAGCCAGAAGAAAUGUGCACAUCCCAGGCAGACUGGUACUUUGGGCGCUAACUUAUCCGCGGGUGGAGGAAAGCUGCGGAGUGUGUCUGGGGGCUGUGAACGGUUCUUACCCGGGUCCAGAUCGCUGCGUAUGUUUGAGACUUGAAAGAUGAGUCAUCAGGCAUGAGUCCUGGCCCCCCACGUGCAGUAUCUGUUGUUGAAGGAAAUUUUUUUUAUUCUCAAUAAAUGCCUGUCCCCGGAUACCUCA